UGGCUAUGUGUGGAAUGGAAUUGUAAUCGCUGAGGAGAAGAAAUCGCGAAACGAAAUUCUUGUGAGAAAAAUGGGGAGGUGGAGUGCGUCUCUGGUUGCGAUGACAAUCCUGGCGGUGGGCCUCCUCUCAAUCUCAGCCGCAGCAAGACCCUGCAAGACCUUCCUCGUCUCCUCCUAUUCCUUCUCUUUCCAAAACCCUAACGACCCUUCCUCCUCAGCCUCCUCCGGAUUCGUCACCGUCUUCACGGAAAUCCGCCAAUUGAAUCCCAUGCCGUCCGAUCCCAAGCUGUCCUACGACUUUAGCUCUCUCCGUCAACGCAGCAGGGACAUUCUCAGCGUGGUCGUCGCACUCCUCUUUGGCGUCGGCUGUGGCGCUCUCACUGCCGCCACCAUGUACUUGGUGUGGACCCUCUUCUCCGCCCGCUUGGAGUAUCAUCGCGCUUGUUUGGAGGAUGAUGAGAGCGAUGAAGAAUUUAGCCCUAAGAAGAUGGGGUAUGUAAAGAUUCCUGCCGUUAGCGUUAAGGAAGCCCUUUGAUCACAUCAUAUAAUAACAAUAAUUCAUGGAUUGAUUGUUGUGUAUUUCGCAAACUCAUGUUUAUGCUUGUAUUAACUCUUUUCAUGAUAUGUAAUCUAAAUACUAUUGUAAUACUUUCGAUGCUAUUUGCUGUGUGCUUUCUUCUGAUGUUUCUGUUAAUUUGCGAUCCUCCGCAUCCUGGGAUGCAAACCCAAAUGAAAAAAGAUAAGGAGUUGUCUUGGGAAUUGAUGCAUCGAUUAUUGGAAUUGUGUGGAAAAAACAUAGUAAUGAUAUCAGGAGUUUUAUUGUGUGUA